AUGUUCUGCGCGUGCUGCUGCGCGCAAUGCUGCGAAUCGCUCGGCUCGUGCUGCUGCGCGGCGUGCUCUCUGGGGACGUCGCGGCGCGUCGCCAAGUACAUCUACGGCCUUCUCUUCCUCCUCGCGCUCGUCCUCAUGUGGUGCAUGCGGGACUUCGGCCACACCGCGCUCAUGCAUCUACCCAGCGUCAAGGCAUGUCAGCCGGGCGACCGGGCGUGCACAGCAGCAACAGUGGUUCUCUGCACGGGGCUCGGCAUGUCUCUCUUCUUCGCCCUCAUGGCUCUAACCACGAUGGGAGCGCGCGUGGAUGGAGGGGGCCGUGACACGUGGCACUCCGGCUGGUGGCCGCCCAAGCUGCUGCUGUGGGUGGCAUUGCUUGGCAUGACAGUCUUUCUUCCCCUUGGUGGGUUUCCUGGGCGAGUGAGCAAGAAGGUAAAGCGCGGUGAUUGUGGGUUCAAUGCGGUUAAAGCCAUGUAUGCGAGAUAG